CACAGACCGACUGAGCGGGCGGCCGAGACAGUACGAAGCUGAAAUUAAUACAGAAAAAUCUGGGAUUUAACGCUUUGUUGCCGUAAUAUUCCAAUGGAAAUGGACUUGAAAUACUACAUAAAAAUUGUAUCUAAAUGAGUGCCACGUCUUCUGGAGAAAGUAAAGACAGGAAGGCUGGUGGUUGUGGCAUUUGUCUGAUCUGACCAGCUCCUCUGCUUCAUCACUACAUUUCCCAUGGAGCCUAGUACCGACACACAUGCUGUUUUACCAUGGAGCCCCCAGUCAGGCUUUGGACCCAAAGAGUUUGUGAGACAGAAGAGGACCUGAUAUUGUAAUACCACCCCCAGCUGAACCCCAUCCCGUGGGGUGGACUCCAUCCCUCCUGCUCCUUGACAGAUCAACAUCCCGUUCCCUCUGAGGCCUCAUCUUCCCUUCUCCACCCACCCACCCUCCUUUCCUCCCACGCUCCUGCAUUGGAUUAAAGACUGUUUAUCAGUUCCAGAGGGUCUUCUACUCACUGACCGUCUGACCCAAGGUUCUAAUCCUCAAGCACGUCCCCGGUCUGGGCUCAAUUCAGGUCCAGUCUCGGUCAAGUCCUACCGCAGGAUGGCAGGUUUAACAUUCUGUUUGACUGUAAUGGCCCUGGCUCUUCCGCUGACCCUUCAAGUUGAUGGUCAUAACAGGGAGGCAACACUGAUCGUUCUCUCGGGGGUUCUCUGUGGUUGACAGCCGAUCUGACCUCCCUCUCCUCCAUCCUCUCUUCUGUUGUUUGUCUCUGUUUGGAAGAGAAGCAGCAGUGUUUCUGCAGCAGCAGGCGUCACUCAGGAUGUGUUGGUGAUUCCCUGCAGGCUUCAGACUUCACCACAAUGGCAGCCAGAGCACAGCAGCCACACUGAGAUCGGCAGGUCAGAAUCCAGACCAUGUCCUGCAGGGGACGGGGGUAAAACCUGAGGCACGGCGACCUGGAGACGACUCUACCAUUGCACCUGAGGAUGCUGCUCGUUUCCUCAGCUGUUAUUGCUCUGGACACUGUCCUGACGACGCCACCAACAACACCUGCCAGACAAAUGGUCAGUGUUUUGCCAUUAUCGAGGAAGAUGAGCAUGGAGAAGCCAUCCUCACCUCCGGCUGCAUGAAGUAUGAAGGCUCACACUUCCAGUGCAAGGACUCACCAAAAGCUCAGACCAGGAGGACCAUCGAGUGCUGCAACACCGACUUUUGCAACAGAGACCUGCAGCCCACCCUCCCCCCUCAGGCUCCUCCAGAGGGAAGCCCGCAUUGGUUAGCCUUCCUCAUCUCCAUGAUGGUCUGCUGCUGCACGCUGAUCUGUGUCACCGUCGUCUGUUACUACAGAAACAAGUGGCAGCCUGACCGGCCACGGUAUAUCAAAGAUCCGGAGCAGGAAGUUUUCAUCCCUACUGGAGAGUCGCUCAAAGACCUCAUCCACCAGUCACAGAGCUCAGGCAGUGGCUCAGGGCUCCCCCUGCUGGUGCAGCGGACUAUCGCCAAACAGAUCCAGAUGGGGCGUCAGAUCGGAAAGGGACGGUACGGUGAGGUGUGGCUCGGCCGCUGGAGGGGAGAGAAGGUGGCUGUCAAAGUGUUCUUCACCCGAGAGGAAGCCAGCUGGUUCAGAGAGACGGAGAUCUACCAGACCGUCCUGAUGAGACACGAAAACAUCCUUGGUUUCAUUGCAGCUGACAUUAAGGGCACAGGCGCCUUCACACAGCUCUUCCUCAUCACAGACUACCACGAGAAUGGCUCCCUGUACGACUACCUAAAGCUGACCACGUUGGACACUCAGGCUCUGCUGCGGCUGGCGUACUCAGCUGCCUGUGGACUUUGCCACCUGCACACAGAGAUCUAUGGCACGCAGGGCAAACCGGCUAUUGCUCACCGAGACCUGAAGAGCAAAAACAUCCUUAUCAAAAAGAACGGCACCUGCUGCAUUGCUGACCUCGGCCUCGCUGUCAAAUUCAACAGUGACACCAAUGAGGUGGACAUCCCUCUGAGCACUCGGGUGGGGACGAGACGCUACAUGGCCCCUGAGGUCCUGGACGAGAGUCUCAACAAGAAUCACUUCCAGGCUUACAUCAUGGCUGACAUGUACAGCUAUGGCCUUGUCAUCUGGGAGAUGGCUCGACGCUGCGUCACCGGAGGCAUCGCGGAGGACUACCAGCUGCCAUACUACGAGAUGGUGCCGUCUGACCCCUCCUAUGAAGACAUGCUUGAGGUGGUGUGUGUUAAAGGACUGCGGCCCACAGUGUCAAACCGCUGGAACAGUGACGAGUGCCUUCGAGCCAUGCUGAAGCUAAUGUCAGAGUGCUGGGCUCAUAACCCCGCCUCCCGCCUCACCAUCCUCAGAGUGAAGAAGACGCUCGCCAAGAUGGUGGAGUCCCAGGACAUCAAAAUCUGACUGCCCUCAUCCUCGUUCCCCUCCUCAUCAUCUAACCACCAUCAGACUAGAGUGAACACACUCAACCUGACCUGGACCGGACCAGACCAGCCUCAGUUCAUCAGCCUUCAUCAGGAUUAGGAAGAGGAGGAGUUGGGAGAUUAAAAAAGGGACCCUUCGCAGGGCUGAACUGUGCAUCUCCUCCUCUUCCUUCUCCAUCGUCAGUCUGUCUGUGGCCUGGAAGUAAAUCAUGGAGUCCUUCCUCCUCCUUCCUCCUCCUCCUGGCUCGUAGGUGACGAGACAGCCAGUUUGACGCUUUCUGUGAAAGCCAAACAAGACAAUAAUUUUGAUGAGGGCUUCCUGUGGAGGAGAGAGGAGGCUCAUUGUGACUGAACCAAGAAAAGUUCAGAGUACUCUCUUGUUUUUAAGGACUCGCCUGGCCCAGCCUUCCUCCACUUCUGCCUGUUUCAAAACGAUAAAAAUGCCAAUUUAUUUUGUUGUUAUUGUUACUUUCUCUUCAGGACUAAAUUCUCCUGCCAUAUUGAAAUAUAUCUCCACUCUGAAAGUAGAGUUAAUUUUAAAGAGAAAUAAGGUACUAUUCUAAUAUGUGAAUUUUAAUGUGUAAAUAAAUGUUAUCUUUGGAUGCCGUGCCUACUCAUAAGAAGAUUUAAAAACCAGAACACUAUGCUGCAGUGGUGUUGACGUCCAGCUUACUCCAGGAGAGGAUGGGGUGCCAUGGAGACGUCUCCCGUCCUGUCUGUCUGUCUGUCUGUCCCUGUAUCGUGGUUCUCAUCUGUCUGUCUGCUUGUUAUAAAGAUGUGGAGCUGCUCUGAUGUCAGUAAAGACAUCAUUGGAUGAGUUUUACCUCAGUUUGUGGAGCCAAAGGACUAGAGUGUCAGUACUCAACUUGACAUCACUUAUUAGGGAAGAUCUCACUUUCUUUAAUGCGAAGAAACUAUGAAAUACUCUAAACUGCAUGGUUUUGUUUUCAGGAUUAAAAAAGGAGUAUAAUAUGAGGUCCUUUAGAUGAGAAACAAAAGAUUGUUUACGGCUUAUUCACAAUGAAAUAAAGAGAAUUGAAAAUUAAUGUAAGAUGGACACUAAGGCGCAAGGUGCAAUUACAUUUACCACAACAUUGCAAGAAAGAUGACACAGUUGCAGCUUUAAUCCCUGUGUAAGGUUGUAGACCUGAAAUAAUUUGUCAUAAAGAAAAGCCAAAGGGUGUUAUCUAACAGGAGAGAAAACAAAAGUAUAUUACUCCAUAUUUUCAAUUUCUUGCUGACUGUUAUUAUUGGAGUAAUGGCUAACUAGCUAGCUAACAUGCUAAUUAUGUGGUACUUAAUGGCUUAUAUUAAGUUUAACUGCAAAUUUCACAGUUUAAAGCUAAUCAUCUUCCUGUUAAGCUGUUCUUCUAAUUAUUUUUAUAAAUAUAUAUUUUGGCUCCUCCAACUGAUGUUUAACUUUAAUAAUCAGGUUGUCAUAUUUUGUCUUUUGUUUUUUCCACCAUCUUUCUAAAGCAUUGAAAUUAAUAAAUGCAUUUUCAAAAAUAUUUGGGAAACCAGUGAAGAGUGCAGUUAUCUCAAAACUGGAGGCAGAGAGGAACAAAUUAGCACUAUAUACCUUGUAUUUGAUCCAUUUUAUUAAACAGGUGAUGUGUUGCAACAGAGCUUGGCUAAUGUUUCACCUUUACCUUCAGUCUUUGUGCUAAGCCAAACAAGGCUAAACGCCAUGAUUUCUGCACUGGACACACAGAUGAAAAAUUUGGAUUAUUCCUUUAAAUACUUGUAUUUUUUCCUCAGCUGCAGAAUGAUGAGCACAUGUUGGCUCAGUGUGCAAGUUCUCUCAAAUCACCAGUGUGUGUCUGUGAGUGUAUGUGUGAAUAAGAGAGAGAAUGAUUGAAGCUAACCGUUCAUACAUUAGCUAUUUAAGAGCAGUAACUUAGUGUUUUCCUCUGUAAUAAAAACUCAAGAAAACAAAGCCCCGUAUAGGAAUAAUCUCUAAUAUGUAAAUCUUUUCUUGUGUUGUUGUUUUGUACAGCAUCUGGUUCGGUGCCUUAUGAGUUUACCAAGGAAAUGGAAAAAAAACUGUAUACAGUCUGUCCAAUGUAACGAUUUUUAAGUAAAUAACCUUAUUUUAGUACACAAA